AUGACAACAGCUGAACAAAAUAUUUCAUCACGAUUAUUACGAUCUUGUUCAUCAGAUUUUUCUUGUAUUCAUGGAAUUUGCUAUACAGAUCAAAAUACAUCUUCGUGCUUAUGUGAACGUGGUUGGACUAGUUUACGAAAUCAGCUCGAUGUUUGUACUUAUCAACAGAAAUCAAAAUUAGCUGCUUUUCUUCUUUCAUUUUUUCUUGGUGCUUUUGGUGCUGAUUGGUUUUAUUUGAGUGUAGGGAACGGAGGUUAUAUUGCAGCAGGUGUUUUCAAAAUGUUAACGUUAGGUGGAAUUGGAAUUUGGUGGUUUGUCGAUUGGAUUAGAAUUUUAACAAAUUCAUUUGUUGAUGGGCAAGGAAUUGCUUUACUGGAAUGGACUCCUUGA